AUGUCUAUUAACCCGGCAUACCUCGGCGCGGGCCUCCGACAUGCCUAUGCAUUCGGCCCCCUAACCCCCGAAGAAGGCCUCUUUACAGUCAGCUGUUUUGGAGAUGUAGCUUUUUGUAGUGAAAACGUCUGCAUUGCGCUUGCCAACAGCACCACCCUGGAUCUGACAAUCCCCAUUCCAUCCCCGACAGAUACCUUAGAGGAUGAUCCCCUGAACAGCAUUUCUGGCUCGCGCUGUCUCUGGCGCAUAAGCGAUAGCUCACCGAGCGUUCCACAGCAGCUCAUCUGGGGCUUGGCAGAAACAAAGAUGUAUAGAGCCCUUUGCCCACGACUGUGCGUGGUUACUUUUCUAGGUGACAUAUAUCUAUAUACUUUUUUCCUUGGAAAAACCAUCACCUCUUAUCUUCCUGCACAUUAUGUCCGGCGCAUGGUGCCAAAUCUUUACACGUCACAUGUCAUCGCGCUCACAGACCAGCUUGCAUACAUCGCAAUAUCCACUAUAGGCGAAACCAAGGAUAGCGUGACAAUUACCAUUUUACAGGUGACCAUUGCUCCAGAAGCCUACGCAGACGGGGUCAUUGACGAGUCAUCGCUUGAAAUCAAGCGUCUACAUGUGUUUUCGUCUGUAUCGCACAUCAUAUCUGUCUCUUAUGAGCCGCUCAUAGGAGCUGCUGCCAUACUCUGUGAUCUUUGCUGCAUCUUUAUUAAUUUCCGGAUCAACGAUAGUAUCAUUGUGCAGCAGUCAGUUGUUUUGGGUACUGACGUUACAAGGAUGCAGAAGAUCACCAUGAUCCCGAUCUCAUGCAAUCAUGAUAUGAGAGUUUAUGCGUUCUGUGUUGAUUCUACUCUUCGUAUCUUCACUGUUGCCUUUGUGCAUCAUCUCAAUGGUCCUUUUGACAUAGUGUCAGUUAGGCUGCACGGGGCGUGGAGCCCGAUAGAUGGCCUAAAAAGCGCAACUACUACAAAUGACAAGUUGCGGAGCGUUGUUCCAUCCCCCAUCAUCCACAGUCUGGAAGGCUUGGCAGAAAAUGGAGGCCUGGUUACAUGGGGUACUGCCAGCUACCAACUUUCAGAUCCUCAUCUCUCGAUUGCCAUUCCAUCUGAACCCGAAGGGUGCUUGCACUAUAUAUCCGAUAUGGUCGCUAUUUUGCCGUCCUUGGUUGGAAUUUUGACCAUGAAUGGGGCCGUAAUAUUUUUAGACUUUAACCAGGAUGGAGGCAGUUCUUCUAUUCAUACUACUUCAACACAGCUUCUACUUGCACAUUUUUCGGAUGCUACUCUGUCGCUGAUUGCAGGUCCCUGUUCUGCAGACCCCUCAUCUGUGACCCAGCUUCUUCCAAUACGGAGAGUGCAUAUAAUCCCUCUCCGGAUGAUCGUAUCUUCGUUUGUUCCGCUAUCGGUAUCUGCUUUUUGCUUGCACAAGCCAAUCUCAGGCACCACACAGCAACGCCUAUUGCGCACUACUGCUCAUCGUCUUCCUUUUCCUUACGGCACACAAUGUUUGGUGCAGAGGUGUUCCACUAGUCGGUGCCUGUUUUUACAGCAAGAAAUCACAAAGGAUGCGACCCCACAGCUCCUAUUACCGAAGGACCUCACCAUCCAGUCUCUCCGCGCAGCCGGUACACUCACUCCCCAGCAUUGUCGAGACGCAUUCUUGCUAGCGUUACAAUCAUCCAAAUAUAAACGCAAUAUAAAUCCCAGCGCCCUCCUUGAGACUGCUAGUAUUGAGAACGUCACGGAUAGCGCCUUUAGUGGAGUGGCUUAUAGCUUAUGUGUAUUCACGGGCGAAUUAUGCAGCGACCUGAGCCUUCCGUUCUGCAGCCGUUGCGAGGUCGUCUUCUCUGAUACAAUAGUAAGUCUUGUACAACAAGUACGCGGGUCACCUGACUGGCAAAUGGACAGAGACUCUAUAAUAACUCUCUUUAUUGAACUGGGCACAGUGUACUGGCUCUGUCCUAUGUGCUUGUCACCUAUGUCAUAUCUCUAA